AAUCAUCAAAUAACUCAUGUAAUAUUUGAUUUGGACGAUACAAUAGUUGAUAAUCCAUUGCCGGAAAUUUUUAAAGACUAUGCCGCCAGUAUUGGAAAGCAUAUAUCAAUGGAACAAAUAGUUUCGAUGUCAAAUGAUGAUAAAAAUGGUCACAUAUUUAACAGAUUUUACGACACAAUCGGCUUAAACGAUGACAUCGACCGAAAUCAGUUGACUAAACAAUUGUUUGAUGAAAUGUUAAACAAAAGACAGUGGAGUCUAAUACCUGGUGUCGACCGACUGAUCCAACAUCUCUAUCGACACAACAUACCGAUGGCCAUUGCAACCAAUUCGCCGCAAUCGGUAAUCAAAAUUUUGUCGAAAAAGUUUGAAAACUUUUUCGACAAAUACUUUACACAUUAUGUCUGUGCGUCCGAUGAUCCCGAAGUUAAGGCCAUUAAACCCGAUCCACAAGUCUAUAGUGUUUGUAUGAAUCGGUUUGUCAAUCGACCCGAAUCUGAGGCCAAUGUCCUAAUCAUUGAGGACUCGUUGCAAGGUAUCAGAGGUGCAGUCGAAACAGGAAUGAAGACAUUACUAGUAAAUGAUAGAAAAUAUAGUAAUUUUGAUUCAAUUGCCGAUAGGAUUACAGUAAUUGUCAAUUGUUUUGAUAAUUUUGAUCCUCAAUCGCUAGGAUUACCAGCUUAUUGAUUGAUUAAACAUUUUUAUUUAAAAUAAAAAUCAAAUACGAUUAUAGUAAAUGUGUAUAAAUAAC